AUGUAUUAUUCGGAUGCUUUCAUAUUGAUUCCAGAGUUCUGUGGUAAGAUAGCUCCGUAUUUUGAUACAAAAGAGGAAGGAAAGUUCGAAUUUGAUUGGAUUGCAUCAUUUGAUACGGCUUUUCUUAGAGUUUAUAACAAUUCUCAGCAGUUUUGUGAAUUCCCUGCUCAGUCCUUCAUCGCUAACCCCUCUGCUUCAACUCCCCUCACUUCUCUUUUACUUGCAAUAUUAGAAUUUGUUGUUCCUCAUUCCUACGCAUCCCAGGAUACUCUUAUUGAGAGGUUAACUUCAUUUACCCUUUCAAAACCCAAUAAACAAUGCUUAAACCAGGCAAAAUCUAAGAAACCAUUAAAAACCGCCAUUUCCUUUAUUUUAUCGUUGAUUUCUAUCGGAUCAGCACCAAAAUGGAUCUUAGAUGUUGCAAAUAUCAAAGGAGUCAAAGGCGACGAACUUACAAAGCAUUAUGUAGUUGCUGCAGCAUUGAAAAGGGUUUAUGAAGCAUGUACUAAGCAAAACUGGGAAAUUUCUAAUGAUUUGAGGACAACAAUUGUUGAUCAGUCCCUUUUAGAAUUAGAUUUCUUGAAUCUUGUUCAAACUCCUACUUUAAUAUAG